UUUUGUUGGGGGGGUCUUUGCUUCAUGGCGCAUGUAUGGCACGCGUGGCCAGCCGGAACGCGCUUUCGGCGAUUUCUGGCUUGCAUGUACAUCCUCCUGGCGCUCCUACUGAGUCUGUUUGGGACGUGGCCGGGCUUCACCGUCCAAGAAGUGCGCUAUGGGCCUGAGAGGCUUCACACUGGAGACUUGCUAAGGCCAUCAUGCGGUAGCUGAGAAGCAAAGGAUGUGGGAAGCUUCGGGAUCUGAGAUUCGCUGGUAGAAUGGGCGUGAGAGCUGUUCACACAGUUCACACAUUAAAAUGCCAGAUGUGACUGGCAGAUUUUAAUUAAGGAUGUGAUCCUUUAAAGGAGGUCUACGACAUGUUUUAGCAUGUGCCUACCAGGUUACUCAGCUGCAUGCUUCAGCAAUCAGGGUUGUUGCAUUCAUGGUUGGAGACGUUUCACCAUCAUUGGUGUGGUUUGUCGUCCCGACUUGCACGAGGGCCACUACGACACUACGACAGUGUUCUUGAAGGCACCAGGCUCCUCAUAUCUCCUCAUGAACAGAAGUGGACACAUUCCGGUGUUGGGCCAUUCCGGUCUAGGAGACGCACCAGGGUGCUCAUCCUUUAAAGCACUCUUUUCACUUGUUUUGCACCACUGCUUAAUUAGCCAUAUUAGUAAUUUAGUGUCAAGGGCGUUGCGCAGAAGAAGCCUAUCCUUUUUCAUCCAUCAAACGGCAACAAACAUGCUCCUGGUGAUGCAAUCUUUGCGAUGUUUUUUUGCUGCGAUGUUUUUGCGAUUAUUUAUCCCCAUAUUCUUCCCAAUCCGUCCCGUCCCACCCAAAAAUGAGCAGAAUCUCUGAGAUCCUCGUGGUGUGGUGAUGCUGAUCCACGGCGGCUUUUGGAAAAGUGCCUUCGAUCGGCGCUUGAUGGUGGACCUGGCGAAGGAUCUCGUCGACCGCGGACUCGCGGUGUGGAACGUCGACUAUCGCUCAGUGGGCGAUGGUGGUGGUUACCCUGAGACCUUGGAGGACGUCACCCGUGCGUUGAACUGGCUGAGGAGCUCUGAAGCCAGUGAGCUGCAAGUGAACCAGUUGCCAGUUGCUGUGGUCGGCCAUUCCGCUGGCGGGCAUUUGGCCACAUGGCUUGGGCUGCAGCGCCUGUUGGAUGAGGAAGUCUUCAAGCAAGAGGUGCAUCCGCGCGUGGUGAUCUCCCAAGCUGGUGUCCUCGAUUUGCUCGGCGCCUAUGAUGCCGACCUGGGCAACGGCGCGGUGCGCGACUUCCUGGGGACGACCUUGCCGAAGCGCCCCACGAUGGGCGGUGGCUUGAUGGACCUUUUGAGUGGGCCCAAGGAGGAUGCCGAGGUGCGCUCGGCGAACAGUGAUCCAAUGCAGCUGCUUCAGAGGGUGCAGAUCCCCACGGUCCGUGACACGGAUCCGUUGACUGUGGUGUUGAUCCACGGACUCCAUGAUCUCCAUGUGCCCUCAGAGCAGAGCAGAGCCUUUCACAGCGCCUGUGUCCAGCGGGACGAGGAGCACGGAUUUUCGUGCAUGUUGAAAGAAGUGCCCGACGAAGCGCACUUCGAACACCUACAGCCAGAUUCAAAGCUUUGGGCUGCAGCGGUUGAUGUGCUGACGACAUAUCUCUAGCUCUUUCGGACUCUCCUAUGGGACUCUCCUUUGACACAGUGAAGCUGUCAUUUUGUCAUUGAACAUGGACAGGGCCAAAGAUUGCCCGCUUCCAUAUGUUUCCAGUGAGCUUUGCGAAGUAUUAUGUCGCCUCAAAUGGAUUCUCGCCUCAAAAGGAUGCCGCGCUUGAAUUGCGCCGCAAUUUUUCUGUGAGCAAGGAGGCAGUUUAAGAAGCCCAAACAACACCUUGGUUGAGACACAGCCCAAUUCAAGAGGGGCCGGUUUGUCCGGCAAUCCUCCUUGUUGAUUCAACAGCCAAGGGGCGUACACAGCCGUACACUCACACUGCUAUGAAAA